AUGGAACUGAAGGCAAAUCAUACAUCUCUCCUUGCUGAAACUGCAACGUUAACAAGGACAAGGUCAAGGCUCGGCACGCCUUCGACUCUGUCUUGCUCUCCUACAGGUGGUUCGACUUUUCUCCACGGUCCGUCGCUAACUAUUCCGAGGAAGAAGAUAGGAGUUCUUGACGAUGUUCGUUCUAAUGGUUGGCUCGAUGCAAUGAGAUCAUCUUCGCCGACUCAUAAGAAAAUAUCUAUGGAUGUUGGUCAUGGUGUCCCGUCUUCGGAAGCCGAUGCUGCUUAUUUAACCUGGCUGCUAGAGUUUCCAUCUGCACUUUCGUCUUUUGAGCAAAUUACUAAUUGUGCAAAAGGCAAGAAAAUAGCAUUGUUUCUCGAUUAUGAUGGAACUCUUUCGCCUAUUGUUGACAAUCCAGACCGAGCUUACAUGUCCGACAAGAUGCGUGCCGCUGUUAAAAGCGUGGCAGAGUAUUUUCCAACCGCAAUAAUUAGCGGAAGAAGUCGUGAAAAGGUACAUGAAUUUGUUGGAUUGACAGAACUCCAUUAUGCUGGUAGUCAUGGAAUGGACAUUAUUGGCCCUCUUAGAGAAUCGGUAUCUGAUAAUCACCCGAAUUGCAUUAGAUCCACGGAUAAAAAGGGUAAGGAAGUUAAUUUAUUCCAACCUGCUGCUGAUUUCCUGCCUAUGAUUGAUGAGGUACGGAUGUUGCUCGUUGAGUGUAUAAGAGACAUCAAAGGAGCAAAAAUUGAGAAUAAUAAGUUUUGUGUCUCUGUACAUUAUCGUAAUGUGGACGAAGAGAAUUGGGAUUUGGUGGCACAACGCGUUUAUGAUAUAAUGAAAGACUAUCCACAUUUACGAUUAACUCAUGGUCGGAAGGUGUUAGAGGUUCGACCGGUGAUUGAUUGGGAUAAGGGAAAAGCUGUCACAUUUUUGCUAGAAUCACUUGGACUUAACGAUGAUGACGAUGUUCUAGCUAUAUAUAUCGGGGAUGAUCGGACAGAUGAAGAUGCAUUUAAGGUUUUGAGUGAGGUUAACAAAGGUUUCGGAAUCUUAGUUUCUUCUGCGCCUAAAGAAAGCAACGCGGAUUACUCUCUUUGUGAUCCUUCUGAGGUGAUGGAAUUUCUCAAGUCACUUGUGGCAUGGAAAUCAAACUCUUUAGAAUAA